GGAACUAGGGAGGGGUCUGAGGGCUGGGCCUGAGCGGCCGAGCUAAGGUUUAGAGAGAAAGGGGAGGUACUAAGGUUUAAAGGUGUCCUGCUGGGACAAAGAGGAACCAAGAAGGAACUGGGAAACCUCGGAUGAAGAGCGCGGCUGAAGUUUAGACUUGGGCUGAGAAGACAAAGUAGCCUAGAGAGGGAGGGGCUGGGGGUGAAGGGUUUGGGCAAGCAUGAGGCGGAGUUAAGGCCUGAGCUAGGGCAGAGCUGAGACUGGGUUUGCGGUUGGUUCGGCCAAGUUGAGGUUCAGGGUUGGACUUUUGCAACAAAUAGGCUUGUAGAGACCAACGGGCUUAGGACGAUGUGGGUCAGGACGACAAUGAGUAUUCAAAGGUGGACUAAGGAAAAGACUGAAGACAAUGCCAACACCUGGGAGGAAAAUAGCAGCGGUGACUCCACCGACGCUGACAGGUGCUGCUGGAAACAUAAGCAGUGCAGCAGGCACAUCUUUCACCCCUUCACCUCGGACUGUGCCCACCACGAUGUGCACCUGCACUCGAUCAGCCACUGUGACUGUGACUCUAGGUAAGGGCCCGUCUCCUUGGGAGACUCCAAGCCCAGAGCCCAGCCCCAUUUUUGUAAACCUGACUCUGCCCCAAGGGCAAUGGGGUGGAGGUUUUUUGGCAGCCUGGGCUGGGCCCAGUGGAAGCCUGCUGUCCUUCAGGCUCCUUGGUUCUGGGCCCCUGGGGAGUCUUGGAGGUGUGGGAGCCAGGCUGAGUCCCCUGUGUGGCAGGCUGAUGGACUGCUCAGAGAAGACAAAUAGCGGCAGCUCCCAAGACGUGGGCUCACCCUGUUUCAACAUCAUCCAAUCCCCUUGCUUUGGGCUCAUCCCAGAGGAAGAAUGUGUGGAGCGGUUCUGGUACAGCUGGUGCAAAGGCUACAGGCCCAUCUCUGUGGCAGUGAUCCACCACCCACUCCACCAUGACUAUGGGGCAGAUGACCUGAAUGAGGAGGAGGAAGAGGAGGAAGCAGCAAGCCAGCCUCCCAUUCCAGCCCAGGUGGUGCCCGCUGCCACACCCACUGACAUAUGCAUGAGCACCGUCUCAGUUCCCUCUGAUUUAGUGGCUCCCAUCACUAUCUGGCGCUCUGAGAGCCCCACAGGGAAGUCCCAGGGCAGCAGGGUGAUCAAGAAGGUAAAGAAGACAAAGGAAAAAGAGAAAGAUAAGGAGACGGAGGAGAAAGUAAAGCUAAAGAAAAAAGUCAAGAAGGACAAGGUGACUAAGAAGAAAAGCCCAAUUAAAUCAGGACCUUCGCCUCCAGACUUGAGUCGAUUGACAAGCCCAAGAGAGUCGGCCGGGAUGUCAGAGUCCAGCCCAGACAGUAGGAGAGACCUGGACAGUGAGAACAGUUACAGCGAUCCCAGGUGGGAGGAGCCCUCCAGCGAGGAUGUUGUAGAGUCUUUGUCACCCAGGAAGAAAGAGAACACAGUCCAGGCCAAGAAGCCUGGGGUGAAGGCCUUGCCAGUCAAGAAAGUCAUCAAGAGGAAAUCUCCCCCAGCAUCAAACCCCAAUCUCAGUUGAGGCCAGGGUGACCAGGGUGAAGAAUAAAAGGGAUCAAGCCUAUAGCUGAUCCCCUGCUGCUGUUCUGUCUCCCUUCAACCUGGCUGUUUCUAGGGGGAUGGGGUGGGCUCUGGGCACAGCUGGAGCCAGGUGGCUAGGGGGCUGCAAGGGUUUCUGAAGGGCAAUCCAUCUUUCAAGAGGAAGUCCAAGGGAAGGUAAUGGGAGAGUAGUGAGGAGCACAGCCUGUUUCUUAGAUCAUCCUAGGCCCAGGGCAGAAUAGCACAUUGGGGUCAGGUGGGAAGGAGGCAUCCUGUUCACUGGGAGACUGAUUUGUGUGAAUUCCACUAGGGGGCAGGCAGUACUGUCUGCAGUGAUGCCCUAAUAAAUUGAACUUUUCAACCCACUCUACCACUGUGCCUGGCCUUUGCCUCCUCUAAGGGGCCCUAGGGAAAG